AUGGACAUUACAAAGUCUUCAGGAUAUAGAGAUUUCAUGUGGGCAGUUAAUCUACAUCGUUUAGGUUUCGAAAUGGUGGGCUUAUGGCCUAAAUCCAACAAAUGUACUAAAAAAAGUUUGUGGCCAGAAAUAUGGGUCGGCAUAGUUCUUAUUUUAUUAAUAUUUAUUUCUAAUGUUCCGAUGAUAUGUGCGGUUAUAGAAGUUUGGGGUAAUAUGAUACUUGUGAUAGAUAAUUUACAUACAACGUUACCUCAGUUGAUGAUAUCAAUGAAAUACGUUAUCAUUCGACGGAAACAAACAGUUCUCUUGUCAAUUGUAAAUAUGAUGGCGGAAGAUUGGAUGGCAUUCAAGUUGGAUGGAGAAAGAGAUGUGAUGAUAAAACGAGCACAAACAGCACGAUUAAUUAUGAUGGUCGGAUAUGUUCUUAUGGUAAUAAUGGUUGUCACAAUAAUCACUUUGCCUUGUUUUGGCAUUCAAGUAUUAUACGUAACGAAUAUCACGAGUGUGCGCAAACCGUUACCGUUGAAGGCGUAUCAUUUCUACAAUACAGAUAAAAGUCCGCAAUUUGAAUUGACAUUUUUCAUUCAUAGCUUGACGGCCUUAUUAGGAGGUACCAUUUAUAUGUGUGUAGAUUUUUUUCUAGUACUAACGGUUCUUCACAUUUGUGGGCAGUUAGAAAAUCUUAGGUGUCGAUUAAUUAAUUUGAUUUCAUGCAAAAAUUUUAAUAAAGUUUUAAAUAACAUUGUGGCGACCCAUUUACGUCUUAUCAGGUAUGAAUUUUUAUUAUUUGCCGACAAUAUCGAAAAUACAUACUCUUUAAUGAUGUUGUGCAAUGCAGUAUAUCGUGUGAUGUGUGAUCUUAAAUGGUACAAGUUGGAAUCAAGAAAAGCGAGAAGUCUUAUUUUGUUAAUAAUGCGAGCCAAACAUCCUUUUCGUUUCACUGCAGGAAAGAUUUUUCCAUUAACGAUGGUUACUUUUUGCAGCACUAUAAAGGAUAAAAAUGAAGAUCACGGGACCAAUGCCCUUGACGUACGUUGUCAAGGUCAUGACCUUGAGUGUCCUUGA